CGUGAUUCAAAAGAGCGGCACGUUAUGGAGCGGGAAUAUGAAGAUCUUCCGUUGAAAUGUUGUUAAUUAAUCAGGAAAAUUAAUGCAAGAACUGAAGGAUUUAGACGAUUCUGGCCUCAUCAACAUUAUUAAAUAAUUUCUUUUGUAUACUUUAGGAUCGUAGUCCGUGGAUAUGAUGAAAUAGUGACCUGGCACGUUGGUGGAAAGGAUGGUUUAAUAAGAUGAAAAAUGGAAGCUACCAAGACAGAUUUGCGUAUUUUACUGGAAUGUCUGAAAUACCAGAUGAAAUGGCCUGGCUCACAGAAACAAGCCCUUCUCACUAUCAUCUCAAUCUGCAAACAAAGUGGUCAGUAUGUGGAGUUCUUCAGAGAGAUUGGAGGAAUUUCCUUCAUCUAUAACCUGUCAAAGUCCAGCACUUUCUCUCAGGUUAAAGAGACCGCUCUAUUUACACUUGCAUCCUUAGCUGAAUUGCAUGAGAGCUGUAAACAGACACUGUGCAAAGAGGAGACGUUUCGUGACUUAGCGCAGCAUCUGGAACAGAAAAUGCCACUUACGGAGAAAAGAGUAGCGGUGUACAUGCUGUCUGUAUUGGUUGCCAACAACAGAUGUGGACAGACUCUUGCUAAGACCUCCAGGUGUAUCGAAACCUUGCUCAAUUUGUUCAGGCAAAGUUUUCCGGAUUCUAAUGACUCUUAUGAGCAGCUGCAGUUGUGGGCCACUGUGUCUAGUGCUCUCUGUGGCUCUGUCAACAACCCUCAGAAUGAGGAGAAUCAGAACGUAUGUAUGCGUGUGUUUCCCCUGGUGAAGACCUGGCUGCAGGAAGUGGCUUUGCCCAGGGCAGAGCUGGCACAGCCAAUAUGCUCAUUUAUUGGCAUGACUGUGGCAAACAACCCUUGUGCUCAGGAGUAUUUUGUGUCAGUGGGAGGCCUGAAUUCACUCUCAGACACUCUUACUAGAGUUUUGUCUCAGUCGGCACACAGUCCUGCUGCUUGUAAGAUGGCUACGGUAAUCACUAAAACACUGUCUGCCUGCAUCUCCAACAACGAGCAGUUGGUAUCUUCUUUAUCAGAGUUGAGGGUUAUUCCAGGGCUGUUGUGUCUGUUGUCAAGCCCAAACCUCGACCAACAAGACAAACUCGCAGUGGUGCUGACAAUUGGACACCUCACGGAUGCCUGUGUAGAGCAUCAGUCUCAGUUGUUGUCGGCUGGAGGUUUGCCAGUUAUGAUUUCUCUGCUCACUGAGGCCAGUGAUGAAGAGAUCAGAAAGGCAGCUGUGUUCGUUCUGCACACCUGCAAAAGAAUCACUGAAUCAUUAGGCGCAGGCAUGUCUAGUAUGGAUCUACAGGAUUGUGACUUAGAGAGACACCGGCAGUCAGCUGGAGAAAUCCUCCAGAGAAUACAGCAUCUAGAGAAAAAGAUGGGUGUGAAACUGUGGGAAAGAGACAUUGAAAGCCAGCAGCGCAGCAUGCAGAGGUCGGCCUCAUCUGUGGAAUGUAAUGAGGCAAUGUGGGAGUGUUCUGUGAUGCGAAAGGUCAAAGGUCAUCAUCGAGUAUGUGAGGAGUUACACAUAACUCCUGCAGGAACUCUAGAACAUCCAAUCACAAAUGAAAUACCGUACAACCAAGAGAGCUUGCAGUGUGUCAGCUCUGACGAGUGUUUGAGUCCUGCCCAAGUCACUCACUUCAAACGCUCUAGCUGGGAAAAGGGCAAAGAAAGAGAGCAUGAACAAAUGAGAGAGAAUGAGAGGAGUGACAACCAGGAAAGAAGGAGAGAGAGAGAGAUUAAAAAGAGAGACAUGGAGAUUAAAUCUGAAAGAGUGGCGAAGAGAUUAAAGAUGAUGAAUCUAGACUCAGACGUUAAUGGCAACAAACAUCUCCAGCACUGCAGCACGCCAGCAAGGCGCAGCAGAGAUACACAGCGCCCAGAUAUUUUCAGACAUCCUGAUCCCAUGAAGAGAAACCAGUGCACACGCACUCUCUUAGAUGAUGAGAUGUCUCUGUGCUCUGAGCUGUUAGACAGAGAAAUUCUGAAGCCGCCCUCUCCCAAUAAACCCAGGAAUCUACGCUGUGCAGGUUGUGUGAAACAUAUGAAUGAGAUGGACAGUCGUUCAUUUGGCGUCGUGUUGCGUAACUGCAGGUUUCAGUGUGACUUUCACCAGGUGCUACAAGAGGCUGAGGAUCGAUUCAAAAGCAGCCAGCAGUUAGAGAAGUCUAGUCACACUUUAACACGCGCUCACAUCAACACACACGGCAAAAACAGAGAGCACAGCACAUGCGCUGAUGAGGAUAAUAAGAGGAGCAAGAUGGAAAAACACAGACUGAGUCACCAACCAUCAGACGGAUGUUUUAGGCUCACACCUCUGAGAAGGCCGUGUGAAACAUACAGUUUUAGACUCACACCACUGAGAAGGCCGUGUGAAACAUACGGCCCAGACAUGGAAGAGAACAUGGAUCACAGACAUCUGAAGAGAACCUCAGAAUGCUGGCACCCAAAAAAUACUUCAUGCAGUCACAGAGAGAGGCGGAACUGGUCUGCUGAUGAGUUGUGCUACCUCAAAAUGGGUAUGAAAAGGUUUGGUAGGGCCUGGAACUCCAUCCUCUGGACGUAUCCCUUCCAGCCCGGACGCACCAACGUAGAUCUGGCCAAGAAGUACCGACACAUGCAGAAAACCAAAGCACAAGGUGUGGAUCUGUCUCAUGCAGGAGAUGUAUAAAAACAUCAUCGGAUAAACUCAAAAUGGACAUUUUCUGCUGUCAAAUCUAUAAGGAUUUUUCAUCUUUUAUGUUAUGUCUUAUUUGAAUAGAGUAAUGUAUUGGAUGUUUUUGUUUUUGGAUUGUAUAGAUUUUCCCUUAUUUUGCAAUAUAACAAGGUGAUGUGUUAGAAAACAACAUUGUUUGCACUAAAGAGAAAUGGAAAAAGAAUAGAUUAUUUUGUUUCUUAUAAAGUUAUAUUUUCCCUUCAGUUUAUUUGAAAAAUAAUUGAUAUGGUUAACAGUUACCUGUUUAUUUGUUUUCGGUCAAAUGCACUUGAUUUGCAUGUGAGUCAUAUAUUUGUAUAAAGUUUACAUUGUGCAA